AUGCUCACACACGGCUAACGCGUUUUAAAGACCGAUGGGCUGGUCAUAAAUGCAAGCUAACAGAAUUAACGCAAUCAACCAGCUGGACUAUCAAUAUUUUGGAAAAUGGGAAUAGCCGAUGAGGCUGACCGGACUCUGUUUGUCGGGAACCUGGACCCUCAAGUAACAGAAGAAGUUAUAUUUGAGCUGUUUUUACAGGCUGGGCCGUUGAUAAAAGUCAAAAUCCCUAAAGACAGUGAUGGAAAAUCAAAACAGUUUGCAUUUGUAAACUUCAAACAUGAAGUGUCCGUGCCCUAUGCCUUAAACAUGCUGAAUGGAAUCCGUCUCUAUGGACGGCAGCUCAACAUACAGUUCAGAGCCGGCAGCAGUCAUAUCAGUCAGGAAGGCAAAAGUCCAGCAAACUCUCAAAACCCCAGUCCAGCAAAUACACCAGGUCACCGCGGUGGAAGAACCCCUGAGAAGAUGGGCUCUCCGCCCUACUCCCCUCCGCAGCAUAUACAAAGAUCUUUCUCUUCACCUGACAGUCUGCAGAGACAGGCCAUGAUGAACAACAUGUGGCAGGUUCAGAUGCAGCAGGUGCUCCAGCUCAAUGGAGGUCUCCAGCAGGGCAUGCAGCAACUGCGCAGUCCUGCAGACAGUAAUCACUGGCAACAUGAUCGGUCCGGCCAGCGUGGUCCUCGCCACUUUCAGCAGGACAAUAACAACCCUCAUGGCAGAGAUCAACGGCACGGCAACAGCGGGAACGGCUAUGACCGGCAUCGGCGUGACAGCCAGCGAGGUGACUUCUAUCACCAUGAUGACCGCAGUGGAGGACACAACAGAAAUCACCCUCCUGAAAGACGGAGAGACUCGAGAGAGGGACGAUGGAAACCCUUUUAAAAGCAUUUUAGUUCUCCUGUAAGCAUUUUUAAUCAACUGUUUUAAUAACCUUUUGUUAUCCUCCUAGAUUUUAAUUUUUUUAUUUCGUAGAUCGCAUCUCAACUGUUUAUAUAUAUAAAAAAAAAAAAGUUAGUAGUGCAACUGUACUGCAAAGAAGCACAUUUUUGACAUGAGGUCAAGGCAUUUAGACUGGAAAUUGUUUGUAGAGAUGCAAGAACAAAAAAAAAA